UUGUUGCAGUGGGUUGGGGGUAUUGGGAAAACCCAUUAAUAAUUUGUAUUUGUUUUUAGUUCUGAGGAGAGGGGUUUCACAGCUUCUGUAAGUAUGCGAGUGUCCUAGUCCGUCAAAUAAUAAUGGAUGCAUGCAUGUGAACAGGAGUUGUUUAACCCCAUUUCUUUUGGCACUAUAAAGAAGUACUUGACUGCUUAAAUUGUUGCUUUUUGGAGAGGGCCCGUCUGAGUGCACCUAGAAUGAGAUGCACUUGAGUUAUUGCACCACCAGACUAUGGAGCUGUGAAGUCCUAAGCUUAGGAGCCAGAUCCACUAAUUUCCCAUGACGGGGGAUAUCCAGCUAAGUCACUCUCUAGGUAUGACUUACUUGGCGUCACCCACUAUAUUUAGAACAGGGGUGUUAGUGACUACUUCUUUAUUGCAUCACAAUCUGCAUGCAUCAGAAUGUGAAACUGUGGUGAAACGGGCCCUUUCCUAGGAAAGUCCCCGAAGCUUUGCCUCACAUUUAUUUGGGAGUCGGCCUCACUGAGUUCAAAGGGAGUUACUCCCAAAACAAGACUGGCCCAACCCCUGCUCACUCAGUGGCUUGUUUGUUUAGAACGUUUAUAAGCAACUUUGUACUCAAAAAAAUCUCAAAGGAGCAUACAAAAACUAAAUGUAUUAAAAAUCUACAAUAUAUAAAAUAAAAUACAGUAAAAUAAAUUCAACAGAAUUAAAUGCCACGCGGGAAUUGUAGCUGUUACCACGGAGCCUGACCUUAUGCACGUUCACUAGGGAGUGAGUUGUGCAGACUGUGAACAUAAUAUUAAAGAAGCCAGCUGGAUGAGGCCAGUGGCCCAUCUAGUCCAGGAUUCUGUUCUGGCAGGGGCCACCAAGAUGCCACCUUCUUGGAAACCCCAGCACAAAGUCACUCUCUCCUCCUGCAGUUUCCAGCAAGCAGCAUUCAGAGACAUUACAGCCUUAUAGUAUUAGAGCCAUCGUGACUAGUAGCCACGCAGCGGGUAGCUAUGAUCAUGUCCCAAGAAGUGCUGUCGCCAGGCGCAUCCCGGUAGCCUUUCCCCUGGGCCUUCUUCCUGCUGCGCACCCACGAGCCUUUCAGAGUUUGUUGGCAAAGAGUUAGUGAAGGUUCAGAAGGAGGCUGAAAGGCCCCGCCACUGUCAUGGGAAGGCUCCAAGCAAUUUGCCUUUUACGUCCAGCCGAGCGUCUGUGGCCUUUCGCUUGGUGUUAGCGGACGCUUCCUCUCCAGUGCCCAGGCUUGCCCUUUUCCCGAUGCUGAAGCGAGAGCCGCCGCCGUCGCCCCCCCCGGCCCCCCUUGGAGGCAGGAGGGCGGCAGCGAGGAGCCUGGUGUUCUCUGAAGCUGCUUGGCGACUGAAAGCGGCGCCCCUGCAGCCAGCCAGCCAGGCGCGCCGUCGUCGCCCUUCGGAGGAGGCGGAGCGCGCGCGGGACCGGCGCCAGCCCAGGCGAGGGAGGAGCCGGCCGAGGGGUGCGCGGAGGCGUCGGGCAGCAGUCAGACUCAGCGGCGGGCGAGAAUGGAGCCGACGACGGGCGAAGAGGCGACGGCGGAGGAGGCGGCGCACGCGUCGGCGCUGCUCCGGGGCCUGUGCGCGCUACGGGCGGAGCGGGCGCUGCUGGACGUGACGCUGCUGGCGGGCGGCGGGGAGUUCGGGGCGCACCGGGCGGUGCUGGCGGCGGCCUCGGGCUACUUCCGCGCCAUGUUCGCCGGCGGGCUGCGGGAGGCGCGCGCGGCGCGGGUGCGGUUGCACGGCGUGGAACCAGAGUGCCUGGCCUUGCUGCUCGACUUCGCCUACACGGGCCGGGUGGCGUCUCCCGGCGGGCCGGAGCUGGCCGAGCGCCUGCUGCGCGCCGCCGACCUGCUCCAGUUCCCGGCCGUCAAGGCGGCGUGCGGGGCCUGGCUGGCGGCGCGCCUGGAGCCGGCCGCCGCCCUGGAGAUGCAGGAGUUCGGCGAGGCCUUCGCGUGCGCCCCGCUGGCCGCUGCCGCCCGCCGCUGCGUCCUGCGCCACGCCGCCGAGAGCGAGGGCGAGCUGGCCGCGCAGCUGGAGCGCCUCCCGCUGCCGCGGCUGCUCUCAUACCUGCGCGACGACGCGCUCCGCGUGCCCAAGGAGGAGGCGGCCUUCGCGCUGGCGCUGCGCUGGGUGCGCGCCGAGCCGGCAGUCCGCGCUCCGCUCCUGCCCCAGCUCCUGGCGCACGUCCGGCUGCCCUUCGUGCGCCGCUUCGCCCUCCUGGCCCACGUCGAGGGCGAGCCGUUGGUGGCGCGCUCCGAUGCCUGCCUGCGCCUGGUGGCCGAGGCGCGCCUCUUCCAGGCCGGCCGCCUGGACCGCCACGACCGCGCGCCCUGCGCCCGCCUCCGCCCGCGCCCUUCCACCGGCCUGGCCGAGAUCCUCGUCCUCCUCGGCGGCUGCGACCGCGACUGCGACGAGCUCGUCACCGUCGACUGCUUCAACCCCCGCACGGGACACUGGCGCUACCUGGCCGAGUUUCCCGAGCACCUCGGAGGAGGCUACAGCGCCGCCGCCCUCGGAAACGACAUCUAUGUCACCGGAGGUUCCGACGGCUCGAGGCUCUACGACUGCGUCUGGCGCUACAAUUCCAGCGUGAACGAGUGGACGGAGGUGUCUCCCAUGCUGAAGGCCCGCGAGUACCACAGCUCCGUGGUCCUGGAUGGGCUGCUUUACGUGGUAGCCUCCGACAGCACCGAGCGCUACGACCACACGCUGGACUCCUGGGAGCCCCUGCAGCCCAUGCUCUACCCCAUGGACAAUUGCUCCACCACUGCCUGCCGUGGAAAGCUCUACGCCACCGGCUCCUUAUCCGGCAAGGAGUCCAUGGUCAUGCAGUGCUACGGCCCCGAGUCAGACCUGUGGUCCCUGGUGAACUGCGGGCAGCUGCCCCCCUGGUCGUUCGCACCCAAGACCGUCACUCUCAGCGGGCUGAUGUAUUUUGUCAGGGACGACUCUGCUGAAGUCGACGUCUACAACCCAGCAAAGAACGAAUGGGACAAAAUCCCUCCAAUGCUCCAGGUGCACGUUGGAGGGAGCUUGGCUGUCCUUGGAGGGAAGCUCUACGUCUCCGGCGGCUACGACAACACCUUUGAACUCUCGGCGAUGCUGGAGUCCUACGAUCCGGAGACCUGCAAAUGGAGCUUGGCUGGCCAGCUGCCCGAGCCGAUUUUCUGGCACAGCAGUGUCAGCAUUUUCCGCCAGUUCAUGCCCGAGACGCUGGAAGAGAGCGAGGAGCGGCCCUUGGACAACGCCAUCAGCCUGAACCGCCAGCGCCAGAACCUCCACAACCUGAACCUGAACGAGUUGCGCUAACAGUCGGACAGCUUGUCUCUGGGGCCUGGAGGAAAUCUGUGGUGCCACUUCUUGGGGAGGCAAGCUGGGAGAGGAUUUGGAGACGGGUGUCCUCGGCUGCGAGUACUGUGUGGGUGGCGAGGAGGGCAAGGAGCGGGCUCUUUGAGAUCAACAGUGCUGUCCCUGAAAAGGGAGGUGCCUAGUUCUCCUCCUGUUUCUUCCUGGCAGUUCCCAAGGAGUUUGAAAAUCGCUGAUCAGAAAACUUUCCCUUAGGCUAACAUGAUCUGGUGCUGUUUUGCUUAAAAAUAGCCAAAUGAAGGCAUGAGCACAAUUCACGUAAAGUCAUUAUGCAUGGAGAGGAGAACACAGGUAGUAGAGCAAAGGCUUUCCUUCCCCUCGCUCAAGACUAGAAUUUGAGGUCUCCCCAUGAAAUCGAAAGACAGUAGGUUCAGGAGAGACACACCACACUGAAUUUAUUUAUGGUACUCCUUGCCACAAGAUGUGACCCACCCACCCCCCUUGUAGCGUUUUUGCAGGAGACACCCAGCAGCCGUUUUUAUUCAGGUUAGCUCAGUGAAACUUCCACACAUGGGAGACUAGAGUGCCACUAAAUGCUAGUUUGCAAGGGAGCAGCAACUCAAGAGAGCUUUUGUGCUUGCCAGAAGCUUCUGGCUAACCACUGUCGGAAAUGGGGGUGUUGGGUUUUAGACGGACCCUUUGCUGCAUCCAGCAAGGUUCUUCCUGUGUGCCGAAGAACAAGCCGGACAUCUUUGCUGUCACUAGCUGGUGCAUUGGGUCUGCCACCAAGUCCUACUAGGGAAAAAGUCCUAUUUGGCUGGCAAAACCAGAGCUUGGGCGUGGGGCUGCUCUUCCUCCCCCCCCUUCCUCCCGCAACCUGAAUGAUGCCCAUUUCUUCAGUUGCAUGUCGCUGCUGGAAUAUCAUCCAUUGGUUCCUGUUGCAGGAGGUCCCUCCAGAAUCAUUGUUUCUAUCAGCACAGAGUUCUUCAACCUUGGUUCCCCGGAUGUAGGUGAACAGCAACACCCAUCAUCCUUGACCCCUGGACUAAGCUAGCUGUGGACGAUGGGAGUUGUAGUCCUUCCGAAUCUGGGGGACCCAAGACAGAAGAGCUCUUUUCUACUCAAUCUUAGUAUCCUUAGUCUGAGUGGCCAGCUUUGGGCAGGGGAGCAUCACCAGUUUAGUGACCAUGGGGGGGCUGCUCUCCAGUAGGACCUGCUCUUCACGGUCGGUGCCUUAUCACAGUGCAAUUUGGAAGGAGACUCUGUUGCUGUCAAGGCACAGCACUAGCAAAGAUGGAAACAAGAGGUUUUCUUAGAGGGCUUUGCCCACAGUGGCUGCCUCUGCUGCUGUAUGGUUGCCCUAUGCAUGGCAAAGCAUGGCUGUUUCUGGAUUGUGCAGGUAGAACGGCUGCUAAUUUAUAGGAUUCGGUUGGUACCCCACCCCUGGGGGGGGGAAUCUGCCGCAGGAACGGCGGGUGAGGUCCUCCAUCAGAGCUGCCUGGGGGAAGUGGGGGCAUCAUUGCUUGUGGGGUGUGUGUGUGUGUGUGUGUGUGUGAGAUGUUCCAGAUUCUGUGAUGCUGUUUCAGUUUCUCAUUUCUUAACCUUUCCCUCCCCUUUUCCAACUAAGGUCAGCUGUUGUUUUCUCUUCCUUCAGACUUGGUCAGGGGUUCUUUUGCAACACCCUGCUUUCCACAAAUAAACACUGAAAUCCCCCCCCAAAAUAUACACCCUCCUUCCUCUAAGCCGGAAAAAGACACACUUGCAAAAGAGGCUCCUUUUCAAGUCUGCCAGCUGUUUACAGACCUGCUGCUGCUGCUGCUGCUGCUGCUUCCGCUUACGACAUCUUGUUUUGGUCUCACUUGAUGAGUAAGGUUUAAGUAUUUUGUGCCGGGCUGUUUUAAACUCUAUUAAUAGAUUUCAUGAUACCUUGCCAUACUCACAGCCAAGAUCUCUGUGCCAUCUCUAGAACCAGAUGAAUUUGCCUUCAUCCUAUUUAUUUUUAACUUUAUUGUAGAUACUUGUGUUUAACCUUGAGUACUGUAUGAUAAUGCUCUCGGAAGCAAAGAUAUUUCUUAUAUUUUUUAUUGUUUUCUUUUAAACUUGAAAGCUGAAUGUUAAGUAAAGGUGUGUGUUAAGGAGA